GUUCAGAGCAGCCGGAACUGGUUGUAAAGCUUCAUGGUUUUGCGCCUAAAUUGAGAUAAGGUAAUCCUUUAGCUAGAGCUGAUGCACAUGACUCAAAUGUGUGCUGGUUUUUGAAGGUCUCUGUCCCUAAAUGCUGGACAUCUAAACUCCAUCCUCUGAUCUGUCCUGUGCUGAUAUUUCGUCUGCUGUCGGCUUCAUAACUGGACAAGAUGGAGCAGAACAACAGCUUGCCUCCGUUCCAACAAAGCAUUGCGUCACCUCAGGGCGCAAUGACACCUGGUUUGCCCAUCUUUAGUCCAAUGAUGCCAUAUGGUACAGGGCUUACACCACAGCCAGUACAGAACACCAACAGCUUAUCACUCUUAGAGGAGCAACAGAGGCAGCAGCAGCAGCAGGUGGCAUCUCAACAGCAGGGUGGGAUAGUGGGAACAUCAGGUCAAACUCCUCAGCUUUAUCACUCACAAGCAGUUUCCACCACCACAGCACUGCCAGGAAACACCCCUCUCUACACAACCCCUCUAACACCCAUGACCCCCAUCACUCCCGCCACACCUGCCUCAGAAAGCUCUGGCAUUGUCCCUCAACUACAAAAUAUUGUCUCAACUGUGAACUUAGGAUGUAAACUUGAUCUGAAGACAAUAGCCCUUCGAGCCAGGAAUGCUGAGUAUAAUCCUAAGCGUUUUGCGGCCGUCAUCAUGCGAAUACGAGAGCCCAGAACAACUGCUCUGAUUUUCAGUUCGGGCAAGAUGGUUUGCACGGGAGCUAAGAGUGAGGAGCAGUCUCGUCUGGCUGCCAGGAAGUACGCAAGAGUAGUGCAGAAACUCGGUUUCCCUGCCAAAUUUCUUGACUUCAAGAUUCAGAACAUGGUUGGAAGUUGUGAUGUCAAAUUCCCAAUCCGACUGGAGGGCCUGGUUCUCACCCAUCAGCAGUUCAGCAGUUAUGAGCCAGAGUUAUUCCCUGGUUUAAUCUACAGAAUGAUUAAGCCCAGAAUUGUGCUUUUAAUAUUUGUUUCAGGCAAAGUUGUACUCACAGGUGCAAAGGUGAGGGGUGAAAUCUAUGAAGCAUUUGAAAAUAUAUAUCCUAUCUUAAAAGGAUUCAGAAAGACAACAUAAUCCUGUUGACCUGCACCUUUUCUUAUUGUACUUGUUUGAGGGAACUUACUAGGAGUUUACUAGGACAUCCGUUCUCUUAAGUUUUGUUUAAUUAUAUGUAAAUACUAAUGUGUUUUGUUCACGGCUAGUGAAUGGAAAACUUUUUAUUAUUGUUUUUAAUUUUUUUAUUCAGUCCACAAUCUUUUAAUGGUUUUACCAUCUCUGUGUGUGUGUGUGUGUGUAUAUAUAUAUUUUUUUUCACAUUCCUUCUAUGAGUACACAUGUUCUUUUUAGGAUAAUUUCUGGGAAGUGCUGGACUGUCAAGAUACAAGAAAAGUGUUGGAAAUAUUUAUCAGGAUGUAAAGUGUUAAACAUUACAGCAUUAACAGUGUGUCUGGAUCACUUAAAGUUCACUUGCCCCCAGUGGAAGGUAUGUGUGGAAAGUUGUACAGGUUGGUUGAAAAUCAGUGAAGUUUCUGUAUUUGCUGGCCUGGGUUAUUUUGUUAAAGCAGCUGUGCAGUAUGCUAAGAACUGCUUUUGUAAUUUCAUUUCUUUGUAAUUCGUGAAAAUGUUACAAGUCUUCCACCUAACCCUUAUAAUGAAUAUAAUGCUGUUUGCAUCCAUGUUAGUGUUGGCUCUUCAAAUACAUGGUGCAUAUUGAUAUCCAGUAGUUUUGCUGUAUUGUUAGCCAAGUGCACUUUCCUUCUGCACAAGUCACUGUAGACCUUUGUCUGUUCAUGAAGGUUUUGGACUGGCAGAGAGCCUGUUCCUAUGAUUUGGUGGAGCUAGAUAUAUUCAUUAUAUGGGUUAUAUUCAGCUUCUUGUCAAGCACUGUUAAUGUUUUUUUUUGUUUCUUUUUUUGCAUCAGUUAUUGAUUUUUCUCUGCAGCAAACAAAUAUUUUCUAUCCAUUUACUGUUUUUUUUUGUAUACUGUCCUUUCAACUGGCUCAUCCCACAUUAAAUAAAACAUCUCUGCUCAGUAA